AUGCCUAGAUCUUUUCGUACAGGUACACCACUGCCAAUUGACUCGGAGAUAGAGAAGACUACAAAGAAGUUAAGGAAGCAAGCCAAGCUUCGUAAGAGGCAACCGGUUUCCGGUACUUCUUCAUCAUCCAACUCCCCGGUCAUUAACAUUUGGGAGGAUAUUACCCUCUCAAGUGUGUCCGCAUCCGAAACAGAAAGUCCAUUACCUUCACCUCAACCAUCCUCAUCCAGAAAUACCACCCCACCCUCUUCACCUACUCAUCACAACCCAAACACUACACCCACAGAAACUUCAACCACUAUUCAUACCAUGGGAGACAACCAUGGAGGGAAUCCUCCUCCAAAUCCACCACCCGAACAAACCCUUCGCCAAUGGGCGAGGCAAGAGGUUACUCAACAACCUCUUUGCAUCACCUAUCCGGCAGCCACAAACCUUGAAUUAAAAUCCGGUCUCAUUCACUUACUCCCAACCUUUAUAGGCUUAGAAAAUGAAGAUCCCCACAAGUUCCUCACGGAGUUCCAUGUUGUGUGUGUUGGCAUGAAACCGCACAAUGUCACUGAAGACCAAAUCAAGCUUAGGGCAUUCCCCUUUGCAGUGCAAGACUCAGCAAAAGAUUGGCUUUAUGACCUUCCACCGGGGACGGUCGACACAUGGGUAGAUCUUGCACGCCUCUUCUUAGACAAAUACUUCCCAGAAAUGAAAGCCUCAGCCCUAAAAAGAGAGAUAAUUGGGAUCAAACAACACAAAAAAGAAGCCUUUCAUACAUAUUGGGAGAGGUUCAAAAAGCUUUGUGCCCGUUGCCCAAAGCAUGGUAUUAGUGAGUAUCAAAUCCUUCAAUACUUCAUUGAAGGCAUGACUCCUUGGGAAAUAAGACUUCUUAAUGCUUCGAGUGGAGGAUCUUUGACUGACAAGACCCCAACGGAGAUUCGGGAUCUCAUAAAAAACAUGGCGGAGGAUUCAAAGCAUACUAGUCAAGAUGAAGAUUGGUACACAGAUGCACCUCGAGGUGUAAAAGAGUUGCACACUCCUCAAAUUGAAGCUCAACUAUCCGAAUUGACUAAUGUGGUAAUGAUGCUUGCUAAGGACAAAGGUGUGCAAUCCACACCCCGUCCCUGUGGCAUUUGCACUCAAGUGGGACACCCGACUGAUAUGUGUCCUCAAUUGCAAGAAGAAGAAUAUGAAGAAGCAAAUGUUAUAGGAGGCUAUUCCGGGCAUAAUCAAAGAACUUAUGAUCAGCCCCGAGGCAAUCAAGGAUGGAACAACAAUCAAGGUUGGGGAGGUAAUCAACAUGGGGGUUAUCAACAAAGACCAUCAUUUCCUCAACAUCAACAAAGGCCUCCAUUCGCACAACAAAAUUACCAACCGAGGCAAUCACAACCUCCUCCUCAACAAGUCGGGUCCUCAAGCAUGUCCUUAGAAGACAUUGUCAAAAGCCUUGCCACUAGCACUCAAAGUUUUCAGCAAGAAACCAAGGCAUGCAUCAAGAAUCUUGAGCACCAAAUGGCACAACUUGCUACUUCGGUUAGUAGGUUGGAAUCUCAAGGAAAGUUAGCUGCCCAAACUGAGAAAAACCAAAGGCACAACGUAUGUGCUAUCACAUUGAGAGGUGGAAAGAGUUAUGAUGACCCACCAAUAUUGGUUGAUCAAGAAAAAGCAGAGGAGAUAAUGGUGAAUAAGUCGAUUAAUGAGGAGGAAAAUAAAGAAAAGUCCAACAAAAAGAAGCCUGCCACCACCGAAGUCAAAUAUACUCCAGUCGCUCCAUUUCCCGAAAGAUUGGUGAGCACAAAGAAAGAACGAGAGGAGAGUGAGAUCAUGCAAAUGAUUCGGAAAGUUCAUGUCAAUAUCCCACUCCUUGAUGCCAUCAAACGGGUACCUAGAUAUGCUAAGUUCUUAAAAGAACUUUGCAUAUCUAAAAAGAAACUUAAAGGUAAUGAAACGGUAAAAGUUGGUGAGAACAUUUCAGCGGUUUUGCAAAAGAGGAUGCCCUCGAAGUGCAAGGAUCCCGGCGUCUUUACUGUGCCUUGCAAAUUGGGGAAUCUUCAUGUACCUCGAGCUAUGCUUGACUUGGGUGCAUCUAUAAAUGUCUUACCGUACUCUGUUUACAAAUCAAUUGGUGUAGGAACAUUGAGCAAAACCGGUGUAAUCAUUUAA